AUGGGUAGGGGAGAGCAGGAUUCCAGUACCGUCAUUAAUCGUUCCUCCAUUGCUCUAUUGCAGGAGAGAUUCAGACAGCUGGAAAGAGUGAAGGAAAUGAGAGAGCAAAGAGAGCUCAUGAGAAUGCUCGCCCAACCUAAACAUCAUGAACAUGUACAUCUCAAUCUGAUCAAUCCCACCACCAAUAUGCAUUACGAUCAACAGCCAUCGAGGUUGUUUUUCCACUCCGAGUUGGUCUUUCCACCGAGGUCGUCACCUCCCCAAGCUUCCCUCUCUAUUUGUCCGCCGUCUCAGAGCAAACAUGCCGGCUACACUACUGGGAGCGCAGGCGCCGAGGCCCCUCUCUCGAUGGAAUCGUCGUGGCGGCCUACUGAUCAUACACCUGCCUCUGUUCUCACUUCCUUGAAUUUAUUCAAGGAUUCUGAUUCUGACUCAGAUGUUGACACUUCUCUUCAUCUGUAA